UCCGGGCCUCGGCGUCCUCCGGCGCCCCGGGCCCCGCGCCUCCUCGGGGGGGCGGCGGCGGCGGCGGCGGCGAUGUUCUCAGUCCUGUCGUACGGGCGGCUGGUGGCCCGCGCCGUCCUCGGCGGCCUGUCGCAGACCGACCCCAGGGCGGGCGGCGGCGGCGGCGGCGGUGGCGGCGGCGGCGGCGGCAGCGGCGACUACGGGCUGGUGACGGCGGGCUGCGGCUUCGGCAAGGACUUCCGUAAGGGCCUGCUCAAGAAAGGCGCGUGCUACGGGGACGACGCGUGCUUCGUGGCCCGCCACCGCUCGGCCGACGUGCUGGGAGUUGCAGAUGGCGUUGGAGGAUGGAGAGACUAUGGAGUGGACCCAUCUCAGUUCUCAGGGACUUUAAUGCGAACAUGUGAGCGGUUAGUAAAAGAAGGACGCUUCGUUCCCAGCAACCCUGUUGGGAUUCUUACCACGAGCUACUGUGAAUUGCUGCAAAACAAAGUACCUUUGCUGGGUAGCAGCACAGCCUGCAUCGUGGUACUGGACAGAAGUAGCCACCGCUUGCACACGGCAAACCUGGGUGACUCGGGCUUCUUGGUGGUCCGGGGUGGCGAAGUCGUGCACCGGUCUGAUGAGCAGCAGCAUUACUUCAACACUCCAUUCCAGCUCUCCAUCGCUCCCCCGGAGGCUGAGGGGGUCGUCCUGAGUGACAGCCCCGACGCUGCUGACAGCACGUCUUUCGACGUCCAGUUAGGAGACAUCAUCCUCACAGCAACAGAUGGGCUUUUUGACAACAUGCCUGAUUAUAUGAUCCUUCAGGAGCUGAAGAAACUGAAGAAUUCAAAUUACGAGAGUAUACAACGGACUGCAAGGAGCAUUGCUGAGCAAGCGCACGAGCUGGCCUAUGACCCAAAUUAUAUGUCACCUUUUGCACAGUUUGCGUGUGACAACGGGUUGAAUGUGAGAGGUGGCAAGCCAGAUGACAUCACUGUCCUCCUCUCCAUCGUGGCUGAGUACACGGACUGAUUGGCCACGCUGGCGACUCCUGCCUUUCCCUUGUUGCCCACUUUCCCUGCCAUGUGUGCUGAUCCUGCUGGCAGGACCACGUUUCUUUGCCACUGAUCUCAGUGGCCAAUGACGGACGCCUGGCCCAUGUUUGAGACCCAUUGCGAUCCUUGUUGAGAACCACUACUGUCAUCCACUAGCCCGGACCUGCUGGUGACCGCCAAGAGAAUCGAGGUGACUGCUUCCUUCUCCUGGAGGUUUUCAAAGCCUUUUCCUUUUCAAAAGCAGUUGAAGUUUUGAGACUAAGUAAUGUUGGUAAAGUGAAUUUAAAAUUUCA